GGAGCGAAUAUAAAGGAGCCGAGAGCGGCACUGUGAGUUCAGACCACUGAGAUCUUCAGCCGCUCACAAUCAGGAGCAACAGAGUGACCGAACCGGAACCUGCGGUCACAUUCACAUCAUCUGUUCAUCGGAGAAAUGGAGACAAUUGAGAAGAAACAGACAGCAAUCAUGGACAGUGAACUCUCAGAGCAGAUCAAAGCCGCGACUAAAGACAGUCACGUCCGAGCGGAAAACACGGAGCUGAUGCUGAGCUACCAGAGAGGACGCGUGUCCCUCCGGCAGUAUCAGCUGCUCUUGUGUUCGCUGUAUAAGAUAUACGAGGCGCUGGAGGACGCGCUGGACACAAACGCCUCCCACGAAGCCGUGGCGCCCAUUUACUUCCCACAGGAACUGGCCCGACUGGAGUCCAUCGGGAAAGACCUGGAGUAUUUCUACGGCCAGAGCUGGAGGGAGAAGCUGACGGUGCCGGACGCUACGCUGAGAUACGCACAGAGACUGAGAGAGGUGGGUCGAGAUCACCCGGAGUAUCUGGUGGCUCACGCGUACACGCGCUAUCUGGGCGACCUGUCGGGCGGUCAGGUGUUGGGCCGCAUCACGCAGAAGUCUUUAGGGCUGAAGAACGGAGAGGGCUUGUCGUUCUUCUCGUUUCCGGGCGUCAGCAGCCCAAACCUCUUCAAGCAGCUGUACAGGAGCCGCAUGAACAGCGUCGAGCUGACGGAGGAGCAGCGGCACGGCGUUCUGCGGGAGGCCGUCACCGCCUUCGAGCUCAACAUCCAGGUGUUUAAUGAGCUGCAGGAGUCGCUGAGCUGCUCGUCAGAAACAGACAAUGAAAUGAGGCAGAGACACACACAACACACACAGGACUCAACAACAGCAGCAGCAGCAGCAGCAGAUGAUGAAGCGGUUGAAACGCUCCAGAGCUCCUCGUCCCUGAUGCCGCGGUUCCUGCGGACGCUGCUCGGCGUGUUUGUGGUUCUGGCCGUCGGGAUGGUCUACGCUUUUUAAACCGGUUUAAUGUCGUCACUCGUUAUUAGCACUUUGAAAAUGACGUCACAUUUUGUAGACAAUAAAUGUGUUAUUCAAUCAUUUCAUUAAUAAUAAACAGGUAUGUUUAUCAUUAAUCAGUUCAGAAUUAUUCAAAUGUUGAAUUGUCCAUACAGUCAAAAUCAUUUUGUAACCAUUUUGUAUAUAUGCCUUUGUAUUACUAAUACUAUAUUUUUGUAAUAAAACCUGUUGAAGGAA